GACCACAAAAGGGUAAACGGACAUUAUAAAACCACAGAUGUUUCGAGUGAAGAAGAAGGAAGUCUUAAGAAAACUUAGACCCUCUUCCAGCUGCUGGUUUAACACUCUUUAACAAUGUGGCUUUAUAAUUUUUUGCUAAGUUUUGACUUCAAGGGGUUGCUCCUAUUUUUUUUGGUUUUUAUACUAAUAGCAGACUUCCUCAAAAACAGGAAUCCUCCAAAUUUUCCUCCAGGACCAUUCGCUCUUCCCUUUGUGGGAAGUUUCUUCAGUGUGGACCAUAAACAUUCACACAUUUAUUUUACCAAGCUGGCUGACAUCUAUGGGAAGGUGUUCAGUAUCCGCCUCGGCAGUGAGAAGCUGGUGUUUGUGUCUGGGUACAAAAUGGUGAAGGAAGCCAUUAUAACACAAGCCGAGAACUUUGUGGAUCGACCGUACAGCGCACUCGCCGACACACUUUACUCAGGACCCUCAGGUGGUCUGUUCAUGAGCAAUGGUGAAAUAUGGAAGAGACAAAGACGCUUUGCCUUGUCAACUUUACGUAGCUUUGGCCUGGGCAAAAGCACCAUGGAGCAGAGUAUCUGUGAGGAAGUCCGACACCUGCUGGAGGAGAUAGAGAGAGAGAAAGGUCAACUAUUCAGCCCAGCAGGCCUCUUCAACAACGCUGUGUCCAACAUCAUUUGCCAGCUGGUGAUGGGGAAACGCUUUGAAUACAGCGACCACAAAUUCCAGAUAAUGCUGCAGUAUCUGUCAGAAAGUAUGUUGCUGCAGGGCUCUGUGUGGGGUACGCUGUAUGAGUCAUUCCCUAGAGUGAUGAAGCACUUGCCGGGUCCUCACAACAAAAUUUUCAGCCAUAACGAGGCCCUCCUUGACUUCAUUGGUGAGGAGGUAAAGAUGCACAAGAACAACGUGGACCACAACAAUCCCCGGGACUACAUUGACACCUUCAUCACUGAAAUUGAGAAUCACAAAGACUCUGAGCUGGGCUUCACUGAGACCAAUCUGGCUCUGUGCUCUCUGGAUCUGUUCCUGGCUGGAACAGAGACAACCUCCACCACUUUGCUGUGGGCCUUGGUUUUCCUUAUCAAUAACCCAGAUAUCCAGGACAAAGUCCAUGCAGAGAUAGACCGAGUGAUUGGACAGACCCGCCAGCCCACUAUGGCAGACAGACCCAACCUGCCCUACACUGACGCUGUCAUCCAUGAGAUCCAGAGGAUGGGAAACAUCGUUCCUCUCAAUGGACUCAGAAUGGCUGCCAAGGACACAACACUGGGCGGUUACUUCAUACCCAAGGGUACGUCCUUGUUGCCCAACCUGACCUCUGUGCUGUUUGACAAGACAGAAUGGGAGACUCCAGACAGCUUCAACCCAGGACACUUCCUAGAUGCUGAGGGAAAGUUUGUGAAGAGAGAAGCUCUCCUGCCUUUCUCUGCAGGGAAACGGGUGUGUCUUGGAGAAGGCCUUGCCAAGAUGGAGCUAUUCUUGUUUUUGGUCGGUUUACUACAGAGGUUCUCUUUCUCCGUUCCUGAUGGGGUAGAGCUGAGUACAGAGGGAAUUACUGGCGCUACACGUGUACCGCACCCCUUCAAGGUUCACGCCAAGGCUCGCUGAAUUAUGCAACUGACAAGACUCAGAAAAACACCUAAGGAGAGAAAUCUGUAGUGACUUAACCUUUCACUGUUGUAUGAUUGCCUCAUGUGCUGAGAACCUGUUUAUUCUUUCCUGUAUUUAUUUCUGGGUGAUAAACAGUGUUGGGGGAAGCACAGCUUUACAAGCUAUCAAUUACAAUUAAACUACCCUAGGGAUAAGUCUAGUUUGGUUAAAGCUACUUAGAUAAAGUAGUUCAAACUACUUUGUAAAAACAUUAUCAAAUUGACUGCAAUUGAAAGUGCCCACUUGUUCACACCCAAAACCCAAAACAAUAAAAUACCCCACUAUUCAUGGGAAAGGGCAAGUAUAGCUCGCAAGUCAUGUAUUUAGUAUGCCCGGGAUGAUUCUUCCUCCGAGUUUUGGGAGGUUUAACCAUGAUGACGCUGUGAGCACUGAGCAACACCCGCCCUUUUGUAUAUGCAAAAGGGGUUCAAUUACAGAUAUAAUUAAUUUUACUUUUAUGACCGUAAUUUCUUUCUUGUUACAGUAGUUAACUAAAAUACUAAAAAAAUGGCCAAAAAAAAAAGUAAUUUACUUAAUCAUUAUGCAAAUAUGAAUGCAGUUUAACUACCAGAAAGUGACUGCAAAAUGAAGUUAAACUACUAGUUGAAUUACAUGUACUUCACAACUUCCCAACACUGUUGAUAGUUAUUUUAAAAAAAUAUUGUAUUAAUGCCACUGUUUAUAAAACAUUUCUCAAUGUCAUUGUAGUUUUUAAUCACAACAUGUAUAUAGAUUAGUUAAGUUUUCUUUACAGUAAUAGGUUAUUAGUUAAUAAUAAUAACUAAAAUGAAUAAUAAAACAUUGAAACACA